CGCCAAGCAAAUGACGAGCUCAAAGCAUAAUCCCCACAUUUUGCUGCUUGGGUAUGAUAGCGCCAGAGAUCGAUCGACCAAUUCCAUUGAUUUGAAAAUAGCGCUGAGGGGAUCCCCCUAGACGCUGUUGCUUGAUGGAUUCUUCCCAGGUCAUCCCCUCCCGGCCUGUAUUCUCAUCCUUUACCCCCCGCGCUAUUUUCCCGACCUAGGAGUAGCAAGAUAGCGGGAAAGGGCGAAAAUCAGCAGUGGAGACAGAGGCACCAGCUUGACGUGGGGUGACUGAUAACUCUUUGAAGAAACAACCCAACAUGUCGGACGGCAAGAGGACAGGAGGCUCCGGCAAAGUGUGGACAACACUCAUAACAAAUCUGGACUACCUGCCGGGACUGCUGACGCUCGAGUACUCGCUGCGCAAGCACGGCUCGGCAUACCCACUGGUGGUCCUGUACACGGACACAUUCCCCGAGUCCGGCCGGGCGGCGCUGGCAGCGCGCGGCACCGCGAUGCAGCGCAUCGAAUACCUGCUCCCAACGCGCAGCAGCCGCGACUACAGCGAUGACCCGCGCUUCUAUGACUGCUGGAGCAAGCUGGUGCCCUUCUCGCUCGAGCAGUACGACCGCGUGGUGCAGGUCGACUCGGACAUGCUGGUGCUGCAGAACAUGGACGAGCUCAUGGACCUCGAGCUCGACGACCCGGCCGAGGCGGCCAAGGGGGACGCCGCCACGUCGAGGCGCGUCCUCGCGGCCAGCUAUGCCUGCGCAUGCAACCCGCUGCGCAAGGCGCACUACCCGGCCGACUGGGUGCCGGCCAACUGCGCCUUCACGUCGCAGCACGGCGACGCCGACGCGGCGCAGGAGGAGGGAGCGGACCCGGCCAAGGUGCCCAUCGCGAUGCUCAACGGUGGCCUGCAGGUGUUGCGGCCGAACGGGGCGCUGUUUGCGCAGAUCGUCGAGUACAUGGAGGAAAACGCGGCGUCCAUGGACUUUGCCGACCAGAGCCUGCUGUCGGACCUGUUCCGCGGGCGCUGGGUGCCGCUCCCCUACACGUACAACGCGCUCAAGACGCUGCGCUGGGAGGGGGUGCACGACGCCAUCUGGCGCGACGACAGGGUUAAGAACCUGCACUACAUCCUCACGCCGAAGCCGUGGGAGGAUCUGGACCAGAACGGGGACGCGAACCCGGGGGCCGAGGAGACGACGGGCUGGUGGGCGGCGAUAAACAAGGAGCGGAAGGCGAAGGAGCUGGCAAAUGGGGUGGACGACGGGCUGUGAUUGGGUGUUUUGUCACAUAUUUGAGAGCACGGUGACGGGAAAAGACUCGUUUGAGGUUGCGUAGCCACACUUUCCAGACAGCUUCGGGAACGUCGGUGCCCGGUGUUUUGUCGCAUGUGGCAGGCACUUCAGCUGAGGCAGUUGAAGGAGGGGCAGGCAACCAAGGCAACAACCUCAAUAGGCAGCCGCAGGAGCCCCGCCGACCAGCAUCCGACAGCUACCUCUAGGCCAUGAAAGUCAGU